AUGUUUCGCAGCUUCAGGGAGUCCAGCAUCGUCCGAAUCCGUGCCGGUAAGGUGCAGCAUCAAGAGACGUUCGUCGCCCACGAAACUAUACUCGCUCGCUCUGACUUCUUCCGCAACGCAAUGAACGGGAACUGGCUCGAGUCGGACACCCGCACGAUUGAGAUGUCCGAGGAUGAUCCGUACACGGUUGGUCUGUACUUGCAGUUCAUCUACGUCAAGGAAUUGCCACAUGAUUCGAAUGAACCGCUCAUGGAUCAAUUGGAGCAAGAGUAUAAGGAUCUUGCCAAAGUCUACGUGCUGGCGAACAAGCUUCAAGACACCACGACUAAAACAUGCACUGUCCGGCGCGUCUUUGAUCUACUACAAGUAAAUGUCGAUUCGGAGAUCUGGUUGGCCCCAGACGAAGAGGCAGUCAGAACGGUCUAUGAGGGAACCUAUAAUAACGACCCGAUGCGGCGAUUGUUUGUAGAUGUCUGGUUAGGCGCCGACAAUUGGGAGAUUUCAGUGGCCCACGACCUCCUUGCGGAGUUCUUCAAAGACAUUAUCAUCGCUACGCGAGUUCAAGCGGGGUUGUUGCACAAGAACAUCGCAGUCGAGCAUGGCAUUGAGAGGUACAUUGACCAGAUUUAA